AUGGCAACUGGUCUGCCCUUGCCUCAGCCUCCUUUAUCCUCUCGUCUUGCUUCUUGCAGCUCAGUAUGUCUUCUAUUAUCCAAUAAAAGGACUGUGAGCCGCGAAAGGAGGCUGCUUCGAUCUGAUCGUGUAAAGCCCGAUCAGAAUCCCAGAAUGGGAUGUCUUCCGAGCCGCAGAGUAGGUUUUAAACGUCGCUGGGAGCUAUAUUUCUUCCGCCAACAUGCGCUCUGACGUCUUGCCGGUAAAGUUCUCAGUGUGAGAAUACAAAGAGCGUAUGCUCGACGGUAUUUUCCGGGUGUCAGCAGUAUAGGCACUCCGCGUUUGGGGUUCGUCCCAUUCGUACCUAAGCCGCGUGACAUGAAAAAUGAGAGACCUUUAGUGCGUCUAAAGACCCAUCUCUUCAGGUCCGCGAGAACCCUGCGCUCCUGUCCAGGUAUUCAAUCCUUUUUCUCCCUAGGGCAAAUAGGUUUCCUGGAAGUGUGCGAGGUGGCAUCAGCUGAUACUGUGCGGUACGCGCGGGAGACCCUAAGGGCUGUGAAUUACGGCAUUUGGCGAUCUUGGUCACGUGCUCUGCUCCCGUCGGGGCUGUGUAGAGCAGUGUACCGACCACCGACAUUAGUAAUACCCUCAUAGAUUGGGAGGACCCUCCAAGGGUUAUAAUUUAACUUAAUCGCGUUUAUUGGGCUUAUUAUCGUAUUUAUCAUUCGGUUUAUUGUGUUUAUCAUCGUAUUUUUAUAUAAUAUGUAAUAAUAUAAUAACAGCAGGACCAAGGAUAUUAUUAGAUAUUAUUUAUCCUUGCAUAACCAUGCAAUUAUUAAAUAAUAUUAUCAAAGAUUAUUAUUAUAAUAAGUAUAUUAGCCAGUAGGUACUGUAUAUAAUUUACUACUAUGCUUAUUACAGUUUGAUGAAACCGAUAGUAUUACAAAUGAUAAUACUAUAUGUAUUUUGAGUUGUGAAUAAUUUAAUCAUAUUUUAUAGACAGGUAUCGCAGUUGUAGGCAAGGUGUAUUUAUCACCUUAAAGAAAUACACCUUGAUAGUAGGCUUAAUUUAAGGUUCAUAGAUAAUAUUAUUUGAUCACCUGAUCUCAUCACGGGUUUAAUCAUAGAAAAGAGAUUAAAUAGGCUUAAUUGUCUGAAAAAAAUUGUUUACGAUAAUCUUAUUGGUAGUACGGUUUUUUGAAAGCCUUUCCCCCAAUAUUGGCUACUACAACAUUGGCAACACUGUUGUAACGUAUAAGUUCCAUUAUAAUGAAUAAUAGAUUUAAGACGAAAAAUUAAUUUUGUAAAAGAGCUAUAUUUCAAUAUUAUGUAAUUAAAUAAUGUGACGUGUUCUCGGUAUUAUAUUAUUUAAAAAAUAUAAUAUGUUAAAUUUCCUGUAAUAAAUGGUUUAAAAAAAUUAAAAAUUGUUUCCUCAUAAUAUUCUCGUGUAAUAUGUAUGGCACACAUUAGGUAUAUUACAUCAUGAGAUAAAAACUGAGAAAAAAAAUGUUAUACUAUGAGCUCGGCUGUCGACACAGACUAUAGUUAGGUAAUUAACACAAUAUUAUAAUAUACUUACUGGUGUAGAUGUUCACCGAUUAUAGUUUUUGUAAGACAAACAGAUAGACGUAAUAUAAUAAUUUAUUUGAUAUAUUUAAGACAGAUGUAGAGAAAAAUUAAAAAUAGAUAAAAUUGUUAAACAAAACAGAAAUGCUUGAAAAUUUAACAGGAGGUAAUUUAAUGGUCACAAAAAAAAAAAAAAUUUUAGUAUUCUUUUUUUUUCUGUAAUUUAAAUAUCAAAUUUUGACAAAAAUUACGAAAUUUUAAAAUCUGUGUAAUUGAACUUCACUUAGAAUUAUAUUAUUAUAUUUUGAAUUUUAAAUUUAAAUAAUAAUUUUAUUGUACAUCACUGUUCAUCAUCACCAAACAUCAUCCAAAAAUAUUUCAUAAUUAUAAAUAUAAUCACGACCACGGGUUUUACAAACCGACGAGUAACAAUAUAUAUUAUUUAUAUAUUAGAUUCUGAGCGUAGCAAGGGAGCUAUUGGUCUUCCAAUGCUGUUUAUUUUGUUUUUUGUUCUAGUGUGUGGACACGUUUUUUUCGUAGUAAACUUGCUCCGAUUUUUACGUGUAGCAACUUUACUGAAAGCUCAAGUAUUGUCUGGAUGGUACCAAAAGGUUAUUUCUUGAUUUUCGACGCUAUUUUUUAAAUAAAAGCACUUAAGUGGGAAAAAAACAUAGGGAAACGUACGAUUUCACGAUUUCAUUAUUUUAUAAAAACACAGACGACGUAUUCUACCAGAAAAAUUAAUUUAAUCGAAAAAUCACUUAACACCUUUUAUGUUGCCUUUUUGAUUUACUUUCUUACGGUGUCAUCGCCAAAACCUUUGAGUUUCUAAGGAAUUUUAAUUUUUCGCAGUUUUUUUGCUGUAAUUUGGUUAUAAAUACACGUAGAGACUUGAAACUUGGUAAUAUUAAUAUAAUAUAAUAACUUAUAUUGAACUUACCUAGAAGUGGUAAAAUUAAGCGUUUUGAAAUCAAAUUUAAACGAAAAUCGCAAAAAUAAAAAAAAUUACGGCGCUUUAAAUUAUAUAUUACCGAACUGCGCUCGGAAUUGUCUUUCGUUAGCAAUGGUUUAUCGUUACUUACAGAUAUAAAUGAAAUAAUCUUAUGUAUCCUACCUUCCCAACGUCUCACCUACAACAGUGGCUGCACCCGUCCCAGUAUCAGCUCUCUUAAUAUUUACUUUAGGUUCUGCGUGUAUGCCACGGAUCUACAAGUAAUAUUAAUUUUACUAGUAUGUGUUUUUUUUUUUUGUUUAUUUUGGUAACUAUUUUGAUCGUAUUGUUUUAUAGUUAUCUGGAAAUAGAUUAUAGAAUUAUAAAAUAUAAAUACACUUAUACAUUUACAUCAACCAAAAUGUAAUGAAUCAAUAAUUUUUAUGUAAUACUUAAAUAUACAAAAUAGUUAUUUACCUACCGAGAACCGAGAAAAACCGAAAAAUCAUUUUCCAACAAAUAUCGGUUCCGGUUCCUAUUUAGUUUUCUAAGAAAAUCAAAAAAGGAUUUCGGUGAGUUUCCGGUUCCAAUAUUUUCAAAAGGUUCCGGUUAAUUACCGGUAUUUUUAAUUUCGGUUCCAAGUCCUUACAUGAACUAUAUACUGCACUCAGAAUUGUUCUUUCGCUCGUAACAAAUUUUGUCAUUUACAGUAUAAAAAAUAUAUAUUUCUUUGCAUAUUAAACCCUUCUCAACUAUACCCACCAAAAACAGCGAAGGCCUAUUUAUGAACAGUAAAAACCAGUAUUUAUGAAAAUUUUUUACCGGAAAAACAAUAAUAUUAUCACGUAUGUUAAAACUGUAUAAUAUAAUAUUAUAGUCACUUGUUGUUAUCUUUUUGUUUCGCGGCGUCCCUACCAAUGCAACGUGAUAAUCAAAAAUAUUAACAAUAUAACGGCAACUUGACCUUCGCAAGUUCAGUCAAUAUAAAUCGUAUAAAUAUUGUUUGUUAUACACUGUAGUCGUUUGAUAACAAAACGAAGUCGUACACGUCAAGUGUAAUAUUAUAUUCUUCGAUCCGUUUGUGCUCGUUCCGGCAACUACCGCAGUCUCGGAUCUGUAUCGUUUUAAUCGACCCGAUUUUACCGGCGCACGCAAAUGACACUACUGCAACAGGUAAGACUCAACGUAUUAUAAACGUUAUAAUAUUAUCACAAAGCGGGUUUUUUUUUUAAAAAACGAAAAUCGAAUUAGCACAGACAUCGAAAGCGAUUUUAUUUUUAUUUAUUCGCGUCAAAAUCGUACAGAAUUCUUUUCGACCGAACCAUGUAUUAUCACAGGGCAUUUCAGACCGAACAUAAAAUUACCAGGACAUGAUACGAUAUAAUAGUAGCUGGCUACACCCGUGCCUCGUACCAAAAUGUAUUGCUUUAUUAACCCGAAAGUGUUAUUAAUAUAGUAACAGUUACUAAAAACGGCUUCGUAUCUUCUUCUUUUUUUUUGUUUUUUGGUGGGGGGGGAGGGGUAAAAAUGACCAGAAUUAUUAUCAACCAUCUUUUUUUUCUCAUCUCUGAUAUAUAAUGUAAAGCACUAUUAUACGACGACGAAUAGAUAGCUCGUGUAAAUGCACUAUAUUAUAUUUACAUGAAAAUAUUUUGAACGCAAUCGAGAUAUUUAUUUAGUUUUAAUAUCCAUUGAAAACGGUAUUUCUUACAUACUUUUCACCGGCCGCAAUCAGGUGACUCCCAGGGCCACUCGUUCGCGCACAUUUACCUUUUGCGCGAAAACACACAACUCGAUUAUGCACACAGAUGUUAAGUGAUGUUAGGUAUGAUGAUUUUCCUUCUCACUUUAACAGGCCUAGGACUGUCUGCUUGAAGCAUAAUUAAAAAUGUGUUUGUGUGUGCGUGUGUGUGUGUGUGUUUAAUUUAAGUAGUUCAAACUUUACGUCGUAAUUCUUAUUUUAUAUGAUUAUCUAUUCAGAUUUAUUUUCUAUUUUUUUAAUUAAAUUUAAUUUGUGUGAUACAAUUUGUAUCUAUUUUUUUUUAUAUAAGUUAAACCAUCGGUAUUUUUAUUUGUAUAUUCAUUCCACAUAUUUUGUAAGUACUCUUCCAGUCAAAGUGACGCACGAGUGAAAUAUGCUACACGAUGGUGUGCCGUAGCCCGUACAAUGUGCGUGAUGGUGGCGGCCGACUUGCUGCCACAAGUAUGCUACAGAUGGAUUUCUGUAGCCCGGUGGCAGCGUCGAAGAUGAAAGACUGUACCCGCCGGCUAAGCUCCGAGCCGUCGACUCGUCCGCUGUCGAUUUGGUUUCAUACCACGUAACUAGACGAAUACGUGCUACUUGAUGCCGGAUAUAGUCUACAAUUUCACCCGUCUGCUACGUCGGUUCGUCGUACCCGGUUAGAAUGUCGGACAUAACCCGACCCGGGUCGCUAGUGGGGGGGGGCAUUAUUGGUAAUCCAGCCCCUAUAUGCGUAUGAAUUGCCGUAGCCGACCGUAGUAGCGUACUCGUUGGUACCGUGGUGAUUAGAAUGAUACAGACGUGUUGGCUGGCAGCGCUCUCUAUGUGUAACGUAUGGGAAAACCGCGCUCUGGGAACGGUUGGUUUAGUCGCGUCGGUGUCGGCGGGCGCGUGCUGUGUAUUAUGAGUCAUGUUGCACGAUAACGGCAGAACUGUCCCGUUACAACACGAAAUUCGCGAAGAAGAACCUUGUGAUCGGAUGACCCAGUCCCCGAGCACUGCGGUCCAGCCUGCAAAAUAAUUCAUACUGUCAAGUAAACAAAUAAUUAUUGUUAUUAUAAAUACUAUUAUUAUGAUGUAGCGAAAAUCCCGUUAGCUCCCUUAAGAUUCCCGAUUUUAUUGUUUACGCCAGCGAUUCCCAACCUCUUUAGUAGCACGGACCACCGAAUUUUGUAAAAAAAAAAAAAAAAACCCUAAGGCCCACUAUCUUAAUAUACAGGUAAAAAAUAUGAACAUACAAACUACAAACAAAAAGACAUAUUAUACCGGUGAUUCUUUUAUCGUUGAACACUUAUUAUAUCGAAAAGUAUUGAAAUCUUUAUUUUUUUUUUUUUGAAAACUUGAGAAAUAAAUAGUUCUUAAAUGUUAUACUUAUUUUUGGGAGCGAAACGGCUACAAACUUUUAAUUUUCAAAUAACAACCUAAACUAAAAAUCCCAUAAAUAUAUGGAGUGUAAGUGAAAAUAAAUUUGGUGUUGACAUUUUAAAUUUCCAUCAGUCCGUUGACGAGAUAUUCCACUUUUAAGUUUGGGUCGGGGGAGAGUAGUGGAACAUCAUUUAUGUGACAACGUGAUGCACGGCGUUUUGAUAAUGUUUCACUGCUCUUCUCCUAAAAUGGUACAAUGUAGCAUUUUAGAACUAUUUGUUUUUUAAGUUUACAAAAAAAAAAAAAAAAUUAAAAAUGUCAAUACUUUUUGAAAUAAUAAGUGUUUAACGAUAAAAGAAUCACCCGGUAUAAUACGUCUUUGUGUUUGUAUAUUGUAUGGUUAUAUUUUUACCUGUAUAUUAAAUUAGUGAGCCUUAAAGUUUUUUUUUUUUCACAAAAUUGAAUGGUCCCCACAACUAAAAAGGAUGCUUACAGGUGUACUGGCGUAAGCAAUAAAACGGGAAACUUAGGUGGGGGGGGCUAAUGAGAUUUUCUCUACAUCAUAAUAAUAGUAUCUAUUAUAACAAUAGUUAUUUGUAUACUUGACAAUAUAAAUUAUUUUGUAGGUUAAACUGUGGUGGUCACGGCCGUCGGGAUUGGGUCACCCGAUUAGAAGGUUCUUCUUCGCGAUUUUCGUGUUUUUCGUUAGAAGUGAAAAAAUACUACGGUUUUAUAAAUAGUCAUUGAUAUUCGAGAUAAUGAGAAAAACCUGGCUCUUUAGAUUAAAAAAGAUUGAAAGAUUAGAAAUACGGUUAUCAUUGGUAACCUUUUUUAAUUUAUUUUUUGUUACUAUUAAGUUUUUAUUUUUAUUUUAAUCCUUUUUAAACAAUCACUGUUGUCACGGAAACGCACAUUGUUGUAAUCGUUUUACCAUAAUAUGACAUAUAUAUUGUUGGCAUCACUAUCAAUCGAAUUCCGCUCAGAAUCUAUUUUUUUUUUUCGUUAGCAAUGGUUUAUCGUUGAUUACCGAUAUACAUUGAAUUUUCGUUUGUAUUCUACCUUCCCAAAUUCUCGCCUACAACAGUGGAUGUGCACCUAGAGCCGUAUUCAGAGCAGAACAAGAGGGCAUGGGCCAGGGGCGCAAAUUUCAAUACUACUUAUGUAAUAUUUUUCACGUAAUUUUUGAUAAAUGUGUAUUAAUUUUACCCACUUACAAUGUAGAGCCUCGCACUAUUUUUAUUACGUAAAAAUUAUUUAUGCUAAUGCCGUUGGAGUAAAAAAUUUGAAAUACUGUCAACUCAUUGACGGAAUAUAUCCAUAUGUUACACGUAUAAUUUAAUAUUGAUAUGCGAAUAAUAUUCUCGUAAACUAGAUUGGGCAUGCGUGUAUUUAUACAUACAUACCGGGGCGGGGGACCGGUCUGCCGUCGGCGCGACGAUGUACGUUCUUAUUCCGCGGGGUGUAUACAAUAACACUAGUCACCGAUUCGUCUAUUUUCAAAUUAACUAUGCAUCAGACGUCGUAGACGUCAAAUCUACGUGAGUACAACAUUAUGGUGAUUUAUUUGUGCGGCUUUUAAGCACUCGUGCGAACUAUAAUGUAUAAGAAGAACAGUUUGAUUAAUUAGUUUAAACUAAAUCAAAGAGCAUUUAAUGCGUAAGAAAUUUACGAAUUUUCCACUUGAUUUUACAAUGAAAAACAUUGAUGAACAAAAAUACUUUCAUACAAUAUAUAAAUGCAUAUAUUUUUGAUAACUGCAUAUUUUUGCGUAUGUCUUUUAUGCAUAAAUGCGUAAAAAUACCAUACGUCCCGUAUUUAUUCAUUACUUAGCAUAAGUUUUAUAUAUCUCAAAUAGUUUUUUCAAACUAAUGCAAAUGUCCAAUAUGUAGGGGGGGGGAGCGCAAAUGCAGUGAUUCGCCGGGGGCACCACCAAACCUCAAUACGACCCUGGCUGCACCCACGUGCGAAGUAUGACCGUCUUUUUUUACUCCCACAAGAGAGUCAAUUUCAGGAUUAAAACUGAAUAGUCUUAGCGUCAAAUCACUCUCAAUCAUCAAUUUAUUAGUGAUUAUAACUAUUAUUGGUUCAGAAGGUUCGCAUUAAUUGGUCAUCAAAAAGUCCCAUCAAGUGACUCUGUGUAAUUUUGGCAGUUGCUGGAUAAUCUUGUCGAACACUUAUCCAGAACAGGACCAAUGUUGUUGUUUUAAUUAUUGCUAUGAUUAUAAUCCUAUCUAAUCAGAAAUAUUGAUAUAAUAUAAUAUAAAGAUCUCGAUUUUGAUGGCAAUUAGUACAUCACAAUUUACCGAUCCUUGGCUUAGACCCUCGUCCAAGCGUCCGUAGCCCAGUACUGCGAAGCCCGCGACCCACAAGUGGGCCACGGCCUAUGGGUUAGAAAUGGCUGUUUUACACGAAUAUCCGUCAGAGGUAGGCAUACAGAACGAUUGUUUAUAUACAUUAAUAUCGUGUCUGUAUACGAUGAUUUCGAGGAUACGUUUUAUAAUUCUUUUCCAGACAUUUUACAGUGAAUACAUAGUUCGCAAUGUUUAAGACGUGUAAUCGAUAUUUCAUUAUUACCGUCAAAACAAUAAUGAAAAAAAUAUUGCGCAUUAUUUUUUCAAAUUCGAGUUUAGUAUUGCUGCAUGAAAAUCAAGUUAUUGUGUACACGCUACUAAAGACGUAUUUAGAGGUAGAAGUAGUGCUCAAUUCCCGAGUCAUAUAAUACUAAGAUUUAUUUUUCAUGCGAAAUCAUAACUAAAUAAUUUACGAGGCAUGUAUUGGCACGGGCAACGCCGGGCGCGGGACAGCUAGUGAUGUUAUAAUAUUCAUAUGUUUUCCACUGCUGUCGGUUAUCAGGAAAAAAAAUGUCAUAUGCCCGUAUACUUAUUAUUUAGCAUAAUAUAUAUCUAACAGAUAAGAUCAAUUUUGUAAUUCGUAAUUUUUUAUUAUGAUAUCUAUACGUUUAACGUUCAACUCUUGCGAGGGGAACUGAAAUCUAUAUCUUGGGACUUAGCCGCCUAAUUCCCCUUAAACAAGUCCCUUCUCGCUAAAUAUAGGCUAAAGGUUUUAGAAUAAUUGCAAGAUACCGUUAAACGAUAUAAUGAAUUAUAUAUAAUAAUGUAAAUACAACGGUUUUUAAAAAAAAAUAGGUUAUUUACUCGAAAUCGUCUUACAUAGAUAAUAAUCGUUCUGUGCGGGAAUGAGAAUCACCCUGUAUACAAUAGAUAAUAUAAUAGCUGUCACUAUUGAUUAUGAUGCUCGCAUCUACGCGCAAGAUAAAUCUAAGUAAAUCAACAAAAUAUACGAGUACAUCAUAAUAAUAUAUUGAAUAAUUAAUUUUUUAUAUUUUGUUUUGUUUUUUUUUUUUUCUUUUUACUCGAACGAUUCCACUUCGCGCUUUGCCUUACGCGUCUUACGUCGCGCGCAUACCCAUACUCGGCGUAUUAUAAAUAUAGUUCAAUAUUAUUAUUCUUGAUUUUCAUUAUUAUUAUUAUUUUUUUUUUUUUUUUUUUUUUUUUUUUUUUACAGGUACUCGGCUCGUGAUUGUCGUCUCCGGUACAGUAAAUAUUCGCGUUAUCUAUUGUAAUACCCUCUUCAUAGACUUAUUUUAUCGCGUCGUUAUAAUAUUAUAUUAAUCGUACUUAUUUACUAUCCGAUAGGUACAUACUCCCGGUCACGCCGAAAAUAUAGUGUAUUUUUUUCGGGCAUAAUUCGAUUAAUAUGCGACGAUUCGACAAACAUAAUAUUAUCUUGGACAAAUGAUCGCAUUGGAAUCGAAACGCAUGUAGCCACGCAUGUGGCAGAUAUCGAAAAAUUAGUGAGUUUCAUCGUCCGCGUCAAAAACAUGGAUCGCAAAAAAUUAAUUUGUCAUCUAAAACUCGUACGUAUCAAAUACUGGUAUCAAUAGUUAAAUCGUUGGCUCUCAGAGAUGAAGGACUUUUUUUCAAAGUCAAUUUUCGGAAUUUUUUAUUAUUAUUUUUUUUUUUUUUAAGAUAUUUUUUAAUCAUUUCAUCUUAUUUGCAAUUUAUUUUCUUUAAUUUGUUGGUAUAAACGGCAUGAGCGCACAAUAUGUAUUUUACAUUUCUAACGCAUGUGUUAUUCAGUUACUCUAGAUAUUAAAAUAACACUAUAGUCAUUAUGACAUAGUUUUUAUUCGCCAUUUAGGUUAAGAGGACGUUAUACCCGCGUCUACUGUCUCAGACCUCAGUCCAACAACCGGGUAACAUGUAAAAACAAUGCUUACGCAGAAUAAGUAAAACCAGCUUUUGAGUACACGUUAUACAAUUUAAAGGAAACAAUAUUUUGGAGAGGACGUCAUAGAUGUUUUUUUGAAUUGUGAACUGUUAAAAUAAUAACAGUUAUUUAAAAACAAAAAAAAAGGGUUUUGUAUCUGUUAUAUCGAGCUGUAUAUUUUGAACACUACUACAAAAACUCUAUGACAUUUCCUCUAAAAUAAUUUUAUCUUAUUAUUAAAUUUCAUAAUAGGUACUUUUAUUCUAAAAUCAAAAUUAAGCUAAUUUUAUUUAUUCUGCGUAAACAUUGUUUUUGCAUGUUACCUGGUAGUUGGACUGAGACAGUUGAUGCGAGUAUAACGUCUUAAACCAUUUAGUCAUUUAGAAAUCGUGCCAUCACUAUCAUUUCAUUUAGCAGAUUUCAAAAUUGAUUUUGUUAGUAUUAAAAACUAUACGAAAUUGUCUUUAGUCCUUCUUCCCCGGGACCAAAAAAAUAUAACAGAUACGUACAGUGGCGGCGCGAAAGCAGUUUUAUGAGUGCCGGGACUCAAGUCAGUGGGUGGGUGUGUGGGUAUUGGUAUAAUAUUACGGAAUACUUAGUGAUGGAAUAUAAAUGAGUAAAUAGGUUUUCAAACUAUAGGUUGGAUUAGGUUAGGUCAUGAAGUAAAUAUCUCACACCGCCACUGGAUAGGUAACAAACGUACAUUAAUAAUACUUACUCAUAGUUUUAAUCUUCAGCAGCUGUUCGUGACUUUUGUAUAAAUAAUAAGUGUAGACGAGGAUAGUUUUUAAAUGUUACAACAAGAGGAGACGUGUUAGCAUGCGUUGUGGAGAGACAAAUCAGUUAUUAUAUCACUGACUAAUAAAAGUGUUAUUUGUUUGAUUUUAUAGACUUCAGUAAUUUGUAAUUAUUUUGAACAUUUAAAACCAUAUACUUAUAAUAAUACGGUAACUCUACUAUACUAUACCUACCUACAACUAAAUUUCGAACGGAAUUAAUUAUAGGAUUUUGAAACUUAAUGUAAUGUUAAUGAAAUUAUACAUGAGGUAGUGUCUCAUUUAACUCAUCUUGCGAAAGCCAAUGGUUUUAAUGAUUGUUCUUUUUUUUUUUUUUUUUUGUAGGCAUUUUGUAUAAUGGCAACGUCUUACGUUCAACUUUUGAUCGGUUGUACAUAUUCGUUCACUAGCAACUUUUUGGCGGAACUCCGACUGCCGUCCUCGAAUUUCAAAUUCGACACUGAACAGGAAUCUUGGAUAAGUAUGUGUAGCUUAUUCGUUUAAUUGAAAUGCAACGUGUGCGCGUCUCCUAUAGCUAAAAACACGACGAUAAUCCGAAUUAAAUGGUUGAGCUGUAAAAAACAUAAAAAAAUUAGCAACAUAGCUCCGUCAUUAUCAAGUCGAAUUUGUCCACAACUAUUACUUUGUAUAAUUGAAAUUUCCUUUUCAAAAAAAUAAAUAACCGAAUCCUAUAAUAAUAUAAUACUGUAAACUAUUACAUUCCAAAUAUUUUACAAUCAAGUACAUAUAAUAUUACUAUUCGAUUAUGUACGAAAGUUUUAUGUAAAUAAAAAUUAAUUACCCACAUUUAAAUAACUCGUGACUAAUAUAAUGUAUCUAGAUAAUGAUAAAAGAUAAUUUAAUACAAUUUAUUUAGAUUUGAAAAAAAAAAGGUAAAUAUUUCAAAUUUUAAUAAUUUAUAAAUUGUUUUCAUCAAGUAAUUUAUAUUUUAAAAAUAAAUAAUUAUUACCUAUAUUAUAUUUUCUGGUAUUUAUUCGUAUAGCUCGUGUUUUAAAUUUGAUUUCAAACUGAAUACAAAUUGUUUUACUGGUAAAAAAGUUGAAAAUGUAUCUAGAUAAAUUAGUUUAAAUAAUUAAAUCUUAUAGAUAAAGAUAACAUAGCGAAUUUUUUAAAUUAUUUAAAAAAAAUAACAGAUGAUGAAUUAUUUAUUUAUCUGUAUAUUUAUCUGUAUAAUGCUGAACACUACACCAGAAGACGUAAUUAUUCAAAAAAUUAGUUAUAGCUACCCAUAAAUAAAUCCCAUACCUAGAUAAUUAAAAAUGAUCUAUUUAUCAACGCCAAAAAUUUAUCACACUAAUCCUAAAUUUUCAUCCGCAAUUUACGUACUUAUAACAUACCUACAAACAUUUAAACAAUAUUAAAUUGGCACUAUGACGCUGCAUUUUGACGCGAAUGAAAUUAUAUUGCAUAUUAUAAUAUUAUAAUGUUAUUUUAGCCAGUAUCCCGGUGCUCGUGUGUCCUCUCAGUUUGCCCAUAGUCGGAAUAAUAAUGGACAACUUUGGCAGACGACUAGCCCUCCAAAUCAUUUACAUGCCGAUGAUUGCGAGUUGGGCGAUAUUCGCGUAUGUCCAUUCUUAUGAAUCGUUCAUGUUUGCAAGAAUGAUUUUAGGAAUUACAUACUGUAAGACUUUUUUUUAUAUAACUACUUAAAUACCUUUACAAUAGCUGACGAUAAUAUAAUAAUUAUGUUCUUGAAACGGGAUAUUUUUGAUUUUGCAUUCCAAAUGUAGCGAUAGAACCUCUUACAUUUACUAAGAUGUGGUGUUUAUUUUUCUAUCGGAAAAUAUACUUAUUAGGUUAGGGAAAAUGCUCCAAAUUUCUUUCGUCGUAACUUAAAAUAUGCGCAAAUUUCGGCCGGUAACUUAAUUUACAUAUUUUUAUAGUUUUUUUUAGAAAUUUCUAAAACUUACGAAACUUGAAACAAUAUAUUAGGAUUUUUUUUCGUUGAUUUGUGGAUUACCUUUGUUGGAAAGAAAAAACACGACUACUAUUAUGGUAACUUAACUAGUUCACCAAGCUCCACUCAAAAUGGUCUUUUGAUUGCAUUAAUUAACUAUCGUUGUCUUUCGGUAUAAACUAAAUUACUCUAUAGCCUAUACCUUCCACACGUCCGAUCUACAACAGUGAGUAACUCUUGAUACAAGUAUGUUUGGCUUUUUUUAAUAUUUGAUUUUGAUUGACAUGCCCUUCAUAUUCUUAUCAGCCCUACUAUACCAAUAUGAUGUCCACCGUUUUUGAACUUUUGUCAUAUCUCCUCAAUUAAUGCUACUUCUAUAUCAAUCCUUUUAAAUCGUUUCUUACUCAAUACUGAAUGUCAGUUAAAAAAAAGUUUCGGUGCGAUAAACAACAAAAUAGCAAUAUCUUACUGACACUGAUAAUGGUCAAAUGCUCGCGGUUAGUCACACGUUUUAUUUUGAGUAAGUUUAGUACAGAUGAUUACUAGGGCUGUGAAUUUGUAGGAAAGUGCAUUUUUCUUAGCUGAUUGUCAAACGAUUCUUAGUUUUCUAAGUACAUAAUUUGAAUUAUAUUACAACAAAUUCAUUUAUGAAACGUUUAUUUUGCAUAUGUUUGUAUUUUUUAACGUUUUAAUUUUUAAGGUGAUUUCUCGGACUUUUCAAAUCAUAUUUUUUUCUUUUUAAUUCAUUUACCGGUAUUUUUAAUUAAAUUCCGUCAAUUAACAUCUUUACACACAUAAUUUUUGUUUUAUACAGGCUGUAUACACGUCAAAUUUAUAUUUUAUAAAGUUAUAUGUUACAAAAGCUGUAUACGGGUUAGGUAAAGAUAAAGAUUCAGUAAAAUAAGUCAAUAUUACAGAAAUCAAUUUAUUCAACAUUCAAAUUCAAAUUUUUUUCUGAAGAAAUUUUUUUUAUUAAAUAAAUAAAUUUGUAUACACGAGAACGGGCUGGUAAGUAAUGCCUAUAUAUCGUAUAUAGCAAUAAAUAAAUAAAACAUUUAAUUAAAAAUUAUUUUAUAUUGCAUAUUUUGACAUGUUUUUAGCAUUCUUAAGUUUUUUCACUGCAUUGAAUUCAGAGCCGUAUUUUGUGAUAUAUAUUAUGUUGGUUCCUAAGUAGUAGAUAUAUUCUCUACUUACUUAAAAGACGACUGGUAAACGGCAUACUAAAUUCUUAAUUAAAAACGAAAAAGCUAUUUUUGAACAAAUUACAAAAUACUGACAAUAUAUCUUGAAUUUAAUUGUGUUAUGAAUAUUGUCACUAAUCAAAACUAAUCACGAAUUCACAAAUAAAAGUUUUAAAUUUUUAGUACAAACUAAAAUCAAAUAUUAUUCCGUGACAUUUAUUUUAUUAUACAUUAAUCCAAUAGAUUGACAAAAAAAAAAUGUUUGAAAAACAUUUUAAUACCCUAUAGGUUCGUCGUCUUGCUUUAUGGUCUACAUGGCCGAAGUGUGUCCAACCUACCUGCGGCCGAUUUACGGGUCGGCCGUCGUGCUGUUCGUGGGCUUGGGCAUGUUGAUCGAAUGUGUGUUGUCUUCAUAUUACCCGUGGUCGACGAUGGCCGUGGUGUUGUUUGUGGCCAGCGUCGCCGGUUUCGUGCCAUUGUGUCUGGUUAGGGAGCCGCCCGUAUGGCUCGAGUCUCGCGGCCGGACGGACCAGGCUCGCGAAGCGGCCGGAUGGUUUGACGUGCGGCGGAUUUCCGAUGCCGAGAAGAAGACUUCGGCGGUGGGGUCGAAGAUACACGACGACGACCGCCAUCUUCAGAGUGACCUCGACGACGAAGACGACCGCAAAAACACCGGAGACUGCGGAAAAGACGUUGACCGGUACGGCCAAAACGUUCGUGUCGAGUCGCCGUCGUAUUGGUCAUUAUACAUGGACCGGACCGUGUGGAUGCCGACUUUGUUGCUCGGCUUGAUAUUCACCACUCAACAGAUCGGCGGCGUGUACGUGUUGUUGUUUUACGCUAGCGAAAUACUCCGCGACUACAAGAUGCCGUGGGACAAGAUCACCGUCAACAAGUACCUGGCCAUCUCCCGACUACUGGGCAGCCUGACGUUAAUGGCCAUGCACCGCGUCAAAUACCGGGUGUUGCUGAUCGUUUCGGGUACCGGAAUGGCGGUAUCCAUUGGCAUAGUCGUCGUCUAUCUGAAAACGGUCGGAUGGGCUACCGUAAACCCCGACCAAUACUCCGCGAUUCCGGUCGUCGGGUUCUUCUCUUACAUGUAUUUCGCGCUGUUGGGAAUGAUGUCCGUACCGUGGAUAAUCUGCGGUGAACUAUUUCCAAUAGCCGUCAGAGGUAUGCCACAAUAAUAACAACUAAUUAUCGUAUUCUAAAGGUGGACUUUGCUAGAGUUGUUUAGGUUCCGAGCGAACCAAGAAAUUGGUUAUUGGUAUUGGUUUGAACACUACGUGUUUUUUUUACUGAGAAUGUAAAGUAAUUUUCUACCAGAAAUUUCGCUCCGAUCAAAAACUUUUUAAAAACAUUUCCAUAUCAUUUUCAAUUUUUAGUUAUUACAUUGAAAGACUCACUUUUUGAUAUUCCUUGUAGUUUUCUUAAUCUUAACAUUUUCUACCAACAAUUUUGCUGAACCUUAUAUUAAUAGUAAUGUUUCUAAAAGGAAAUUUCACUAGGGAGUUAUAUUAGAAAGGUCAUUUUUUGAUUAUCUCAGGAGUUUUCACAACAAACGUGAACAAAACCCGAGAUAAAACACGGGAAAACCGAGAAAAACGUAGGAAAACUUGGAAAAUUGAUACAACAUUAAACAAAUAUUAUUAAAGAAAAUAUAUAAAGCCUAUUUAAUUACUUUAUUAUAAAAUUACAUAUAUAUUUUUGAAAAACAUUACUAUUAACUGAACUCCACUCUUUCGUAAGCAAUGGUUUAUCGUUGCUUACAGGUAUACAUUAAAUUAUCUAUAACAGUGGCUGCACCCGACCCCAUUAUCCUAGGACGUCUUUUUUAUUUAUAUAUUUCUUACUAUAUUUAAUAUAUGUGUCACAGGGUAAAAUAAUUUAAUAGGCAUUACCUACCUAUAUAUGUAUUUUUUUUUAAUAAUAUUUGUUUAAUGUACCGAUUUCCCAGGUUUUUCCCUGUUUACACAUUUUCUGGGAAAACUCGGAAAAAUCGAAAAAUGACUUCGUUAAAGUACCUUUCUAGAUUUCCUUUCAUAAAAAGUGAUUUUAUUGUAAAACGAAGCAAAAUUUCUUGUAGAAGAGUUGUUCACAAGAAACAAAAGGCCUAGAUAUUUUUCAACUAAUAUACCUACAUUUCGUACAGUUUCCCGUUUUUCCCUGGAUUUUUCCUAUUUGUUGAGGAAACACCUGGGUAAUUCAAAAGAUUACUUCUUUAAAAUACAUCCCCGGUCCGAUUUACUUUCAGAAAAAGUGCUACACUUAAAAAUCAAAGAAAAAUUUCUUGUAGAAAAGUUAUCGAGAGAAAAAAUAAACAAAUAAAUAAAUCUUUGUAAAACCAUCAUAAACUCCACUCCACUCAGAAACUGAAAAUGAUACAGUUAGGAAACUAUAGUGCAUUUACAUUUUUUUCACUGUGACACGAGAUUUACGAACAUUAUGUCGUUUAUUUCAUGGACGCUAUUUUCAAAAUGUCCUUCUUUGAUAAACAAGAUAGUUUUAUCUGCAGUAUUUUUUUUUUCGAAUUGUGAUAUAGAAUAUAGAUGAUUAAUGAUUAAUUACAUCAAACUUUCAAAAAAAUAAUUAUAGAUACCUAGAUUUUGUAACAGAGUAUUCUGUUGAAUAAAGAUAUUUUCUAAUAUACUUGGGCAACAUUUUUGGACAAAAUACUGAAAAACGUAAACGAAAUAUAUAACACCACAAAACUAUAUUAGGUACUACGAUUACGUCAUAUUCCUCAAAACGAUUGAAUUUAAAUGUUUUGAAAAUCAAUUUUCAGGAACAAUGAGUGGAGUCAUGAACACUUGGGGAUACGUUUUGUGGUUCGUAAUGGUCAAAAUUUAUCCGUCGUUGGUGUGGAGAUUUGGGACAGAAAAUGUUUGGACCGUAUUCGCAAUUUCCUGUUUGUUAACCGCACUGUGCACCCAAUUAAUUUUACCGGAGACCAAAGGAAGAUCCCUGGACGAAAUAUUAUCGUAUUUUCAACCACGAAAAAAAAAUAAAAAAUGCAACAGUCGUGUGCCAUAG